AUGCCGGUCACCGGGUGGCUCCGAGGCACGGUCAAAGCGGUCCCGAGUGGUGACACGGUGCUCAUCGUCGCCAACGCCGGACCUACCAGUUCGGGCCCACCGCCGGAAAAGAUUGUCACCUUGGCAGGCAUCAUCGCCCCAAGAAUGGGACGAAGAGACGGAUCGUACGCGGACGAACCGUUCGCGUUUCAAUCGAGAGAAGCGUUACGACGCGCGUUGAUUGGGGAACCGGUGACGUUUAAAGUGGAGAGCGAAUACGCGUCGAGGGAGUUUGCGUUGGUGUUUAAAGACGGCGCCGGGGAUAUCGCGUUGGAACACUGUAAAAACGGGUGGUGCGUCGGGAAACCGUCGAGGGAGGACGAGAACGAUGAAAACGCGAUGAAACGAAACCAGUUGAUUAAAGAAGCCGAGGAAGAUGCGAAGCAGUUCUUCAGAGGGAAGCACACGUGCGAUCCUCUUUUGUUGAAUAAAGCGGUGAGGAAUAAAAGCGAUCCGAGAUUGGUGGACGAGUUCAUCGACAGCAAAGGCGUGGAGCCGAUUCAUUGCGUCGUGGAGGUGGCGUUAAACGGGAGCACGAUGAAAGUAUCGGUAUGCGAAGAAGGGCCGGCGAGAGGCGCAGAGGUGACGAUUUUGUUAUCCGGAGUCGUCGCGCCCGCGAUGGGGAAGAAGAACGAAAAAGAACCGGAACCGCACGCGAGAGAGGCUAAGUAUUUCGCCGAGUUGAGCGUGUUAAAUAGAGACGUGCUAGUGGCAUUCGUUGGUAAAGAUAAGUAUGGGAACAGAUUUGCGUCGGUGAUGCCGAAAGACGAUCACAGUUCGAUCGUGCCCUUGGCAAACGCGCUCUUGGAGAGAGGUUUGGCGAAGGUUUCGGAUUACUCCGCGGCGUUGGCGUUGGGAGGCGCGGGCCCUUUGAGAACCGCCGAGGCAAUUGCAAAGACGAAUAGGAUUAGAAUCUGGCAAGACUACGUGCCGCCAUCAAACGAGGAUUCACAUUUUGAAAACAUGGGAAGAAGUAGAAAGAUUCAAGGAAAGGUCAUUGAGGUCGUUUCCGGAGACGCGGUCAUGGUCGAAGACUCGCGAACGGGCGAGGAGAUGAAGGUGAUGUUGUCCUCGGUUCGAGCGCCAAGAAUUGCACCGCUCGGGAGAGGUGCCAGAGAACGAAGCGUGAAAGAUGAACCGUACGCGAGAGAGGCGAAAGAAUUCGUGAGAACGAGAGUUAUCGGUAAGAAAGUGGAGGUUAACUUUGAAUACACGAAAACAAUCGCCGGGAACGACGCGAGGGAUAUACCAGAAAAAGUUAUCGAAUUCGGUACCAUCGCUUUAAUCGGCGAGGUGGUGAAGAAACCGCCGCAAUAUAACAAUCACGGAAUUCCAAUCGAAGCAGAACCAGAAGACGCGCCGAAUCUUGCCGAACUGUUGGUCAUCAGAGGUUUGGCCUCGGUGGUUCGCCACAGAGAAAACGAAGCCCGGUCGCAUAAAUACGACGACUUGCUCGUCGCCGAAAGUAAAGCCAUACAACAAAAGAAGGGCGUCCACUCGCCCAAAGACGCACCAAUUCCGCACGAUUUGAACGACGCUUCCGAAAAUGUGAAGAAGGCGACGCAGUUUUUACCGUUCUUGCAAAGAGCUGGGAAAUUCCACGGCGUCGUCGAGCACUGCAUCAACGGACACAGGUUCCGAGUCAGUUCUCAAAACGCCGGCGCGGUGUUCACGUUGAGUUUAUCAGGGGUGAGAUGCCCGACCAGAGAAGAGCCGUUCGCGAAAGAAGCGUUGAAUUACGUUCGAAAUAGAGUCAACCAGAGAGAAGUACAGGUCGCGGCGAAUUCGGUGGAUAAAACCGGGACGUUUCGAGGGACUUUGGAGUGUAACACGUUGACUUUGGAUUUAGCCUCGGAACUCGUUCGCGCGGGUCUCGCGAGGGUUUCCUUUCACGGCGAUGCGAGCGCUUUAGAAGUUGAGAAAGCGGCUAAAAUCGCAAGAGUGGGUAUUUGGAAAGACUGGGACGAAGAAGCUGAAGAAGCCAGACGAUUGGCGGAAGAGAUGCAAGCGAAUAAUCUCGGCGGCGGUUUCAGCGAAGACCAAAAUCCGGCACGCUUUUACGGAGGUAAAUUUUAUGACGACGAAAAUAACAGCAGCAACAACAACAGCAAAAACGGGGUUCAAUCGCCAACUGGCUCAGGUAAAGUGAGUGCCCCGCCAGGUUAUGAAGGAGGUAUCAUGAAUAACAACGGCAACGCACCGCCGGGUGGCUACUUGUCGUCGGUGAAUAGCACAUCUUCAACGGCUGCGGCUGCCGUCAUGAGGAAGGGCGGCGAUCCGCAGAUGCAACAGCAGCAGCAGCAGCAACAACAAUCUACUAGAAACCAAUACGAUAAUAGAAAAGGCAGCUCGAGCAUACCGUAUCCGCAAGCGAGAGAUAGUGGUCCUCCGGUGUUUACCACAAGGCUCGGAGUCACGGAAACUUUACGAGAAGGUAAAUUUUUCGCUCAAAUUCUCGAACGUUCCGUCGCCAACGAACUGUGGCAACUGUUACAGAAAGAAUACGCGAGCGACGAUCCGGACGUGAAAGCCCCGCCGCCUGGUUUUGAACCGAAACUGAACGAUCUCGUUGCGAUUAAAUCCCCGGAAGACAACAGCUGGUACCGCGCCACGGUGAAUUAUCGAGACGAAAACGCGAAAGAAUUGGACGUCAUGUGCAUCGAUUUCGGUCACAACGAACGCAUAUCCAUUCGCCGCGCGAGACCGUUGCACUCCAACGUCUCUUUGAACGCGUAUCCUCCCCAAGCGAGACUGUGCCAGCUUGCUCACAUUGCCAUGCCGAGUCGUCACAGCGAUUACAAAGAUGUCGCUGAAUCUGAGUUUCAACGCCUCGUCCACGGCGGGGAAUUCCACGCCAUCGUCGACGCGCGCAUGAAAAAGUUUGACUUUGAUCACGCUUGGUCAUCCGCCGUCGACGCGCGACCAGAGCUUACGUUGACGCUAUGGUCCGUGGAAGACGACAAAGAUGAAGAAUCAAGCAAUGCCAAGAAAGACUCGAAACUCGCGAAACCGUACUCUCCCGAACAGUUCCUCCCGGAACGUUCCGUGCAAGGCGUCCUCGCCGCCUCUGGUUUGUGCCGCAUGUCCCGAUUCAAAGUCGGGUACACGCAAACCUCCGAAGACAACCGCGAAGCCAUCCACGGCGAAAUCGACAAGGCGAGACGAGAGCACUGUGGCAUGUUCGAAUACGGCGACGUCGAUUCCGAUUGGGAGAGGUAA